AUGACUAGCACACCGAUUCAUUCCACUGGACGUGGAGGCGCUGGCAACAUUGGCCAAGACGACACUGUCUAUACUGACGGAGGCCUCGUUCGCGAAGGCAUCCAAGGCGAAUCUGUCGAAGGCGAAUUUUCAACUGGCCGCGGCGGAGCUGGAAACAUUGGCAGGUCGCCUCGUGUUGGCCCGCAGUCUGACGAAGGUCGCCCAGUCGACCUGGUACCUGAGAUCAACCAGCGCAACCCACAGGAAGAGUUUCACACUGGGCGAGGCGGUGCUGGCAACGUCUACAAGGAGAAGCACAGUGGUCACUCCCAGUCCCCAGACCGCCAGGGCUUCGGCGACAAGCUAAAGCAUGCGCUUCACCUCGACAAGAAGAAGGAGCAUGAGCACUCGCCUCUGGCACAAAACGAGACGACUAAGUAG